AUCCACUCGGACUCAGAUGAGGGUGAUGGGGCCAUCAAGUACACCAUCUCUGGUGAGGGCGCUGGGACCAUCUUCCUGAUCGAUGAGCUGACAGGUGACAUCCAUGCCAUGGAGCGCCUGGACCGUGAGCAGAAAACCUUCUACACCCUGCGGGCCCAGGCGCGGGAUCGCGCCACCGACCGCCUGCUGGAGCCUGAGUCGGAGUUCAUCAUCAAGGUGCAGGACAUCAAUGACAGCGAGCCCCGCUUCCUGCAUGGCCCCUACAUCGGCAGCGUGGCUGAGCUCUCGCCCACAGGCACGUCGGUGAUGCAGGUGAUGGCCUCAGAUGCGGAUGACCCCACAUAUGGCAGCAGCGCCCGACUGGUGUACAGCGUGCUGGACGGCGAGCACCACUUCACGGUGGACCCCAAGACCGGUGUGAUCCGGACAGCUGUGCCUGACCUUGAUCGUGAGAGCCAGGAGCGCUACGAGGUGGUGAUCCAGGCCACUGACAUGGCGGGUCAGCUUGGUGGCCUGUCGGGCUCCACCACCGUCACCAUAGUGGUCACUGACGUCAAUGACAACCCGCCCCGCUUCCCACAGAAGAUGUACCAGUUCAGCAUCCAGGAGUCAGCCCCCAUCGGCACGGCCGUGGGACGAGUGCAGGCCGAGGACUCGGACGUGGGCGAGAACACCGACAUGACUUACCACCUCAAGGAGGAGAGCGGCAGCGGUGGCGACGUGUUCAAGGUCACCACGGACAGUGACACUCAGGAGGCCAUCAUUGUAGUGCAGAAGGCCCAGGAACCAGGAGCCAAAACCGCAAACUCAGCAGUCCCAGGGAGAAGGGGAAGGAGGGGUGAGGUGUCUACUCCCUGUCAUCGGCCAGCCUUUGUCGGCCGCGCAGCCUCGCGCGCCCCCACCCACGUUAUCAGCGCCGGGAAGCGGCGGCCAGCGCUGGCGGGGCCUCUCUGGGCCGCCGCCGCCCGAGACAUGUCAACUGAAAAGCUGCAGAUUAGCUCGCUCGGGCUGCGCAGGCGGGAGGAGCCUGUGGCCACGGCACCCGCGCGGGCCCGUGUCCCUGGCGGUCCCUCUGGCAGCGAGGUGGGGGGACGUGGCCUGGGCUCCAGCUGGCCCCGGGGCACUUUCGGUCAGCCCCGCCCUGCCUCCCGCAGGUACGCCAUCGACCGCGAAUCGGAUUUGGACCAGAUCUUCGAUAUCGAUGCGGACACAGGCGCCAUCGUGACGGGCAAGGGGCUGGACCGCGAGACGGCCGGCUGGCACAACAUCACGGUGCUAGCCAUGGAGGCGGACAAUCAUGCCCAGCUAUCCCGGGCAUCCCUAAGGAUCCGAAUCCUGGACGUGAAUGACAAUCCCCCGGAACUGGCCACACCCUAUGAGGCAGCUGUGUGUGAGGAUGCCAAGCCAGGCCAGCUCAUCCAGACCAUCAGUGUGGUGGACAGAGAUGAGCCCCAGGGCGGACACCGGUUCUACUUUCGCCUGGUGCCUGAAGCACCCAGCAACCCUCACUUCUCUCUGCUGGACAUCCAAGACAACACAGCGGCCGUGCACACGCAGCACGUGGGCUUCAACCGGCAGGAGCAGGACGUGUUCUUCCUGCCCAUCUUGGUGGUGGACAGCGGGCCGCCCACGCUGAGCAGCACGGGCACGCUCACCAUCCGCAUCUGCGGCUGUGACAGCUCCGGCGCCAUCCAGUCCUGCAACACCACGGCCUUUGUCAUGGCCACCUCCCUCAGCCCCGGCGCCCUCAUCGCCCUCCUGGUCUGCGUCCUCAUCCUGGUCGUGCUGGUGCUGCUGAUCCUCACCCUCAGGCGCCACCACAAGAGCCACCUGAGCUCGGACGAGGACGAGGACAUGCGGGACAACGUCAUCAAAUACAACGACGAGGGCGGCGGGGAGCAGGACACGGAAGCCUACGACAUGUCGGCGCUGCGGAGCCUCUACGACUUCGGCGAGCUCAAGGGCGGCGAAGGGGGCGGCGGCGGGGGCCCGGGCGGGGCCGCGGGGCCGGGCGGGGGCGGGGGCGCGAGCGCGGGCAGCCCCCCGCAGGCCCACCUGCCCUCCGAGCGCCACUCGCUCCCGCAGGGCCCGCCGAGCCCCGAGCCGGACUUCUCGGUGUUCAGGGACUUCAUCAGCCGCAAGGUGGCGCUGGCGGACGGGGACCUGUCGGUGCCGCCCUACGACGCCUUCCAGACCUACGCCUUCGAGGGCGCGGACUCGCCGGCCGCCUCGCUCAGCUCGCUGCACAGCGGCUCGUCGGGCUCC